AUGGAUCAGGACAAAUUACAGACAGUACUCAGACAACCCACGUACAAAUCACUGACACCAAUCAUCUCAACCCAUAGACAGCACAGAGACAACCCACAGAAAGCACACUGUCAUGAAAACAAGCACAACCCACAGAGAGCACAAGGUGGUCUAAAGAUAGUACAUAGCCAACUCACAAACGACACACUGACAGCAUACAGACAGCACUCAGACAUCACACAGACAACCACAGAGAAUAGACAGACAGCACACACUCAACUCACAGAAACAACACUGGCGGCCCACAGACAGCAAAAAGAAAUUCCACAGAGAACACGUAGACAGCACACAAUCAACCCACAGACAAUAAACAGACAGCACACAAUCAACCCACGGGCAGCACAGUCAACCACAAACAACCUACAGACCAUAAAAAGACAGGACACUGUCCAGUCAGAAACAAUGCACACAAAACCCACAUUCAGUCCACAGACAGCACACAGACAGCACACAGACAGCACACAGACAGCACAUAGAUUACACACAGACAGUAUUCAACCCACUGACAGAACACAGACAACACACAAACAGCAAACAUACCACGCAGUGACAGUAUUUAACGACCUGACAGGACACAGACAACAAACAGACAGCACACCGACCACGCACAGACAACACACAGACAGUAGUAAACCCAGUGACCGGACACAGACAGCACACCAACCACGCACAGACAACACACAGACAGUAGUGAACCCAGUGACCGGACACAGACAGCACACAGAUCACACACAGACAGUAGUGAACCCAGUGACCGGACACAGACAGCACACCGACCACGCACAGACAAUAGUGAACCUACUGACAGGACACAGACAACACACAAACAGCACACAUACCACGCAAUGA